UUUUUUUAAGAAUGGUUUCUGCCUUUCUGGUCAUGGAAAUUUACGAUUCACAGAGUUGCUGCCAAUCAAGAAGGGUGCUGCCAUGCUUCAAUGCACAAAAUGCUAUGUUGACAUGCUAGCAUGGACCACUCAUGUUUGGCUUAAACAUGGGAAGGAAAUUACAACCAGCUGACGGGCCGAAGCAUCCAUGUCUCCAGCUAGGCUCUCCACAAUAUGCACAAGAAGCAGAGGACCUUGUCAACUUCAAAGUCAUAUUGCGCAGUCUAUUUGCCGGUUCUGAUGGCGGUGAGGGUGACGCAGCCUUGUUCCUAACUUUCUGGAUGGUGUCAGCAAAGUGCGCUAGCAUGAUAGGAUUUGAUGUCUCGCAGUUUUGUGAUGUCAAUGGCUAUGCUAAUCUUAGCCAAGGCUUAGCCUUUGCACAAGCUUAAUCAGUUCCUGGAGCUCUUGAUCAGCUGCCGUUUCAGCCAAGAAAACAUCCACUUUGACAAGAAGCUCCUCUGGUGAUGUCAACACAUGCGGUGAAUCCCCAAACUGACCUGACGAUUGGUGGUAACCACACGUCGCCUCCAUUGAGGAUCAAUGAGGCUUCUAGUCUGAGCAAUCCUAUGAACUCCCUGAUGUUCUUCGACGUCUUUUCAAGUGCUUUCACUGUGCUCUCCAGCUUGUCCUCAGCGCUAGAGAAGAGCGCCACCGAAGCGGUGCGGAUGCAUCAUGCCAUGCUGGACCACACAUUUCUCGUGAAAUACAGUGGUAAUACCAGCACCAUGCUGGUCAUCAUUGUUCCAGUGAGUGGCUUUGUCUGUUGCAUGAUGUUUGAACCUGAGAAGCACCUCGUCACCAUGGGCGGCAGCCUCCUUGAGCUUCUCCAGCCACUGGACCAGCGUGGUACUUUUUAUGGUCUGCUUCGCUCACACCUCGACCGCGCUGCGAAUCCUCAUGAGGAGCAGCUUCUCAUCAGCGGCCAUCUGCCAGUUGAAGUUCUACAUGAACUUGGACACUGCCCUGUCCUGUCACCACGGCGGCCACUGCUGCGGCAAUGGUGGCAACCACUUGUGCCAUGGCUAGCUCUCAAACAAGGAGCAUGCUUCUCUACUGUCGAAACCUGAAGCUCAACCAAUACUGAGAACACCUGAUUAUCUGCCGAUAGCUUCUCCAACAUUUCCACUGUGCUGUUUAAUUUCUGCACAUCCUUGUUGGUUGAGAGCAGCAUAUUGGCAGCACUGUGGAAGUACUUUAUAAUACUUGACACAGCAAUCUUUGUGUAAGCUAGAGGACCAAGUGUACCUAUAUUAUGGUUGAUGCUCUUGCUGGCUUUGGUCAAGGCUCGCCACCGGAAGUCGAAAAGU